AUGGCUGACGCUCUCUUCUCGGAACAUUGUCUGCGUACACUGGAGAGCGCAAGAUCGUGGGUUUCCGCUAUAGACUGGCGCCAGCAAGAGUAUGAAAUCGGCAAAAUGCUGUCCAGUAUACACCAAAAGAUAACGAAGCUUCAACUGUGGCGCCGCCAGAAACGCAUCGGCUCCGCUUCUAACGGACGCGCGAAACGCAGGUGCAUUGAUGAACGCGUUUACAGCUGCAUGCGGCAGCAGCAGCAGCAUCAGCAGCAGCAGCAACACCAGCAGCAGCAUCAGCAGCAGCAGCAACACCAGCAGCAGCAUCAGCAGCAGCAACAACACCAGCAGCAGCAACAGCAGCAGCAGCAACACCAGCAGCAGCAACACCAGCAGCAGCAACACCAGCAGCAGCAACAGCAGCAGCAGCAACAGCAGCAGCAACAUCAACAGGCCUGCAGCUGUGCCUUGCUAUGCUUCGGGGGGCCCCGAGAGACAGAUCUGCUCGCCGCCAUCAGCAACGAGCGUUACCUCGGCGCGUCCCAGGAGCAGCAGGCAUCCGCAUUGCUGCUACCGCUGCUGCUGCUGCUACUGCUCCCCACGUUAAUGCUGCAGGGGCUGGAGGAGUUGGGCUCCGCGAUGGACGCAGAAAUGGCCGCAGUGCCGGUGAAUUGCAGAGAAGACGACGACGUGCAAACCACCUCUGAAGUCCUCGCGUUGUAA